AGAAGUAAGAGUCGACUUCAGCUUCUCUUUCGUCUUCUCCUUCGUCGGAAGCCAAAGAGCAAGAGGAAAAAUGAAGAGGCUUGUUCUCGCUGGAACCCUGAAGCGUGUUGGGAAGUCGUCGUCGGAAGUUCUGCUCUUCCGGAACUAUCUGUCUCCGAGUCCCGCGGAUAUCCGGGUUUCUCCCGGUAACUUUCCGCCUCUUCUGGCCAGAACCGAUGGGAUCUCUGGGGCCAUCUCUAGGAAUUUCGCCGGCUUUCGCCCACAUAAUCCUAGCCCCGCUUCUGGAUUCUCCUUUUCCGGCAGGUUUCUGAAGGACGGGAUCCCGGCGGCGGUAGUUCGCUCCUUUGGAGUGAGUUCAUCGAGGUCUUUCAUGAGUCGAGCAUAUGGAUCCUGGAGAAAUUAUCGGGGUUCAACCAUCUUGUCAUUUGACACUGGAGGAGCUGCUGUAGGACUAAUUGCUGCCAAUGUUGCUGUUUAUUUUUUAUGGCGGAUCAUGGGUCCUGAUUUUAUGAAGAAUAAUUUCAUGAUUUCAGUGGAGAACUUGAGGAAUGGUCGCUUGCAUACAUUGGUGACUUCUGCUUUCAGUCAUGUAGAGCUUGGGCACCUUUUUUCAAACAUGAUAGGCCUUUACUUUUUUGGCACAUCAAUUGAAAGAUUGCUUGGACCUAGGUUUCUGCUGAACCUCUAUAUAGCAGGUGCUGUCUGUGGCUCAGUGUGCUUUUUGGCUCACAAAUUCUUCAUGGUUCGAAACUCCAAGGGCAUAUCAUCAAAAUAUUGGAGAUAUACUACUGGACUGGGAGCUAGUGGGUCCGUCAAUGCUAUCAUCCUACUCGACAUAUUUCUCUUUCCUCGGGCCGUGCAUUAUAUUCAAUUUGUUAUUCCAGUACCUGCAAUGCUUCUGGGAGCUUUCUUGAUUGGCGGUGACCUAUUGAGAGUUUAUCAGUUUCCACAGAUAAGUGUUCCUUUGAAGCUUUUCUCAUAUGUUGAUUGACAGGGAGAUCCUCACAUAUCGGGCUCAGCACACCUUGGUGGUGCUCUAGUUGCUGCAUUAGCAUGGGCAAGGAUCAGGAAGCGCUGGUUUUGAAUUGAUAUUUCCUUUUUUCUGGUAAGUGUUGUUUCAUAUUAAACCACGAUACCAUAAUCUUAACAUUCAUUUUGGUGUGAGAGGAUAAAGAGGGUGGUCACAAAGCACUCAGGCAACUAGCAAAAAGUUGAAGCCUAGAAAUGUCCACUUAUCCUUGAGCUCAGGUACAAGCCUGCUUUCUCACAGUGGUUAUGCUGUUAUUGUGAGCAAGUAGUUCUGGAGUAUUUUAGCUGAUCCCAACAGCCACUGUGCUAUAGCAGGCCAAUCUACAGUAAAGUAAUGCUGUUACUGUGAGCAAGUACUUGUGAAGUAUUUGAAAUUUUGAGUUGAUCCCAACAGUCAAUCUGAUGUAGCACACCAAUCUACGCUAUGGCAACUGAAGCUGCGCAGACAGAUCUGAGUCACAUUUACUUACCAAAACCAGGCCCAUUAAUGUUCACCUGAACAUUUAUCUCAUUUUCAUUUUCUUUGUUGGUUAGCACUUGUUAAUUUCUAGACAAUUGACUCUGUGUGUAGCUGGAGAACUCGUGCUUAUGUAGCAUGGCUUUUAUAUGGAGCAUAACCAAAACAAAUGGCUUAAACCA